CUCAUCCCUUCCGUCCAUACCUUCCUCUUUUGUGAGAGGGAAAGGAGAAGACGAAGAGGAAUCACGAGUCUCUCCCUCUCUCGUAAUGAAACCCUUGUCUCCCUGACCAGUCCUUUCUCUUCCUUUCCCUUCAGUUCCCUUUUUUUCUUUCUGAAGAAGAAGGAGGAGGCCAAGGAGACGAAAGGAAAGCAGAAGAUUUUAGAGGAAGAGAGACAGACGCUGUUCCUCUCACAGCCAUGGAAUCAACAGCGGCUGCAUAUCCAGCACCAGUGAAUGAGAAGGAGUCGAUGGUCGACCCCUUCCUCGUCGAGGCUCUCCAGAACCCUCGUCAUCGUCUCACCAUUCUGCGAAUGGAACUUGACAUACAGAGAUUCUUGCAAAGUUCUGAUCAAUACCAAUUUGAGUUUCAACAUUUUCCUACUUCCUACCUUCGGCUUGCAGCGCACCGUGUUGCUCAACACUAUGGGUUGUUGACCAUUGUUCAGGAUAAUGCCUUAGAUGGUUCAGGAAACAAAAUUCUGGUGAGGAAGACAGCGGAAAGCAGAUAUCCCACUGUUUGUUUAUCCGAAGUCCCUGCUAAACUUUCAGAUGGUGAUAAACGUGAAAAUGUUAAAAUUGUCAUCAGGCCUAGGCCUAACAAAGGGUUUGUGAAUGAAGGUAGUGAGAAUGGGAUAAAACGUGGUCCUCCGAGAAGUGUGGAAGAGAGGAAGGAAGAGUAUGAUAGGGCGAGAGCUCGCAUCUUUAGUGGUCCUAGUAGUCCUGAGUCAGAUGAUUCUUCAUCCCAGGUCACUAUAGUUACGAAAAGCACAUGUUUGAGCAGAGAUGAGAAUGAAGGUUUCAGGAAUUCUCUAAUUGAUCCAGAAAAAGUUGGUGGAAUCAGGGAUGGUGGUUCUUCAUCUCGAGUUGCCAUUUUCAGAGAUAGGGAGAAGGAACGUACUGACCCAGAUUAUGAUAGAAGCUAUGAAAGGUAUGUAAGGAGCCUUCCGACUAAUCAAACCUUUAGUUUAGCGCCUUUCAAUGUCCAGGAGAUUCAAUUUCCAUUUUGGCAGUAUGGUACUGGUUAUCAGCAGUUGUGUCAGAUGCGAACUCCAGCUCCCCUUGGUUACGGGCCUCCAGCAAGUCCAGCUAUUAACCCAUUUAGUGCAACAGGAUUGGAUCAGACAUCUGGGGAUCCUGCAUAUAUUCAAUUGCCAAGUGCUACGAUGAUGUAUGCUCAUUCAUAUGAGCCGCUGAGACAAACUGUUUUCCAGGCUCCUUUCUGUCAGCAACCCCUGAGCUUUGACUACUCUCAAAACUAUUAGAUGUUUAGUGGGGUUUGUAUGAUUUGAUUUAUUGGCCGAUUUCAAUAUGAUACUUAGGGCCAAAUUGUUGGUUGGUGAAUCAUUUAAAGACCAGUUGUCAAAAACCUCUGUACUAGUUCUCGUUUCUUUGUGCCAAUUCAAAUUUCUCUCUGUGGAUCUUUAUAUUGCUGAACUUAAAGGACAUUGUUGCUAUGAGAUGUGCCUAUUGUUUUCUUUUGCA